ACGUUCUGUUGGCAGAUUGCUGAGUAGUAGAGCAUAAGCACAAACUGUUUUUCUCUCCAAACGCUGUGCUUAAUUAAAACCAGCCAUUGCCACCAUAUAUAUAUAAAGGCCAUUCUUUCUUUGCAUUUUAAGAUAAAUUCUCAGCCAUUGUCUCAAACUACUCUGAAUUUGUGAGAUUUUUCAUUGCCCACUUCUCUUGUUCACUGCAAGUACCACCAUGUCGUCGCCGGGGGUGCAACUUACUAUUCAAGAUAAUCAUGUGGUGAUGGAAAAUGGCAUACUAAAAGUCACCUUAUCAAAUCCUGGGGGAAUUGUGACUGGAAUACAGUAUAAUGACAUCGACAACUUGCUUGAAGUUUUGAAUGACGAAUCUAAUAGAGGGUAUUGGGACCUUGUUUGGAGCUCACCAACAAGUACAGGAACAAGUGGCACAUUUGAUGUCAUCAAGGGAACAACUUUCAAAGUUGUGGUUGAAAAUGAGGACCAAGUUGAGUUAUCCUUCACCAGGACGUGGGACGUCUCUCGCGAGGGCAAGUUGGUUCCUUUAAAUAUUGAUAAAAGGUUCGUAAUGCUUCGUGGUUCUUCCGGCUUCUACUCAUAUGCAAUUUAUGAGCACUUAGAGGAGUGGCCAGCUUUCAAUCUUGACGAAACAAGAAUUGCUUUCAAACUUAGAAAGGACAAAUUCCAUUAUAUGGCGAUGGCAGAUAAUAGACAAAGAAACAUGCCUCUUCCAGAUGACCGAUUACCACCUAAGGGAAAAGCCCUUGCCUACCCAGAGGCAGUUCUACUAGUCAAUCCCAUCGAACCAGAACUUAAAGGAGAGGUGGAUGACAAGUACCAAUAUUCAUGUGACAACAAAGAUAGCCAAGUUCAUGGAUGGAUCUGCAUGGAUCCCGCAGUUGGAUUCUGGCUAAUUACGCCCAGCAAUGAGUUUAGAUCUGGUGGACCCCUCAAACAAAACUUAACUUCCCAUGUGGGGCCUACCACUCUUGCUGUGUUUCUGAGUGCUCAUUAUAGCGGAGAGGAUCUGGUGCCUAAGUUCAAUUCUGGUGAGGCAUGGAAGAAAGUUUUUGGUCCAGUUUUCAUUUAUUUGAAUUCUCCCUAUGAUGGAACUGACCCCCUUAAGCUAUGGGAAGACGCUAAACUACAGAUGUCGGUGGAAGUUCAAAGCUGGCCUUACAGUUUUCCUGAAUCAGAGGAUUUCGCCAAGUGGGACGACCGUGGUAAUGUUAGUGGCAGGCUUUUGGUUAGAGAGAGGUAUAUAAACGAUGACUAUGUAUCAGCAAAAGGUGCCUAUGUUGGCUUGGCUCCACCGGGAGACGUGGGGUCUUGGCAAAGAGAAUGCAAGAAUUACCAGUUUUGGGCUAGAGCGGACGAUGAUGGCUACUUCUCCGUCAGCAAUAUACGUGCUGGAGACUAUAAUGUGUACGCAUGGGUACCUGGUUUUAUUGGUGACUAUAAAUAUGACGUAGUUAUCAACAUAACAGAAGGUUGUGACAUCGACCUUGGUGAUCUUGUAUAUGAACCUCCAAGAGAUGGUCCAACAUUGUGGGAAAUUGGCAUCCCUGAUCGCUCAGCUGCUGAGUUCUAUGUUCCUGACCCAAAUCCCAAAUAUAUCAACAAACUCUAUGUUAAUCACCCUGACAAGUUUAGGCAAUAUGGGUUAUGGGAGAGAUAUGCAGAACUAUACCCUGACAAAGACUUGAUCUACACAAUUGGUGUUAGUGACUACACCAAAGAUUGGUUCUUUGCUCAAGUUACCAGAAAGAAAGAUGAUAACACAUAUCAAGGAACCACAUGGCAAAUCAAGUUUAAGCUUGAUAGCGUGAACAAAAGCAGUAGCUAUAAACUGAGAGUGGCUUUGGCAUCAGCAACAUUAUCUGAACUUCAGGUUCGAGUUAAUAAUCCAAAGGCACCUCGUCCUCUAUUUUCAAGUGGGUUGAUAGGAAGGGAUAACUCGAUCGCUAGGCACGGAAUUCAUGGACUUUAUUGGCUUUACAAUGUAGGCAUACCUGGAACUCAACUAGUUGAAGGAGAUAAUACCAUCUUUUUGACACAGACCAGAGGAAAUGGUCCAUUUCAGGCCAUCAUGUAUGAUUAUAUUCGUUUGGAAGCUCCACCGUCGUCUAGCUUCAACAAGAAAAAUUGAGAAAUUUAAUUUCUGUUUUACUAACAAUAUUAAUUUAAUCAAAUCCGACGAAUAAAUAUUGGGAAUAAAGAGUACGUAGUGGAGCUUAUGAAAUAAUGAAAAUUUCGGUUUCUUUGUAGUUUGUACUUGUUUGGGUUUAUAGACUGGGAUCGUUCCACUAUAAAAAUAUGUACAAGACCUUCGUUUAAUAUGAAUUAUAAAGUAUUAUAAUAGUUACAACGUG